UAAGGAAAUGAAAGGGCAUCUAAGUAAAUUGAACAAAAUCUCCCAUCAUAAAGCGUACACUUCUCAAACUUCUUCAAUUUUACACACAAAUCUCUGGUGCGGAACUCCCUUCUCCGCCCCUCUCCCCCUGGUAACUGGUUUUUAAGAAACUCAGAUAGCUUAUGGGGUUUUAUUACAGACAUUCAAGACUGUAACAUAUAAAUCUCUCCCACUGUUCUACAAUCAAAUUGACUUCAGGUACUAAACUAUGGAACUGAAUCCUAUCAAAGAUGCAUUCGAUUCUGUCAUCAAAAAGCAGACUCUUUCCUCCUCGAAAAUCGAGGACACAAUCGAACAAAUCACCCAAGAAAUUCAACAAACAUUAUCAGGAAUCCAAUCCGCCAUUAAUGUCCCUUCCUCUCAACCCAAGUUAAUCCUGGGUGAACUAAAAACCAAAUUGAAAGAAAUCGCUCCACUUAAUCACCUCGAAGCUACACAAAAGGAACUCAACAUCGCAAUGAGCAAAUACACUAAACUCCUCGAGAAACAAUUCUAUCCUGACAUUUCAAAGUCUUACAGAAACGUCGAUUUCGAUACCCACAUAAUCAACCAAAUAAUCGCUAGUCACUUAUAUCGUGAAAGCAUGUUUGAAAUCGGCGAUUGUUUCAUAAACGAAGCUCACGAAGAAGAAACCAUCGUCGACAAAAAAACCCAAUUCUUAGAAAUGUAUGAAAUUCUCGAAUCCAUGAAGUCACAUGACCUAACUCCCGCUUUGAAAUGGGCCACGACUAACCACGACAAGCUCCAAAAAACCGGAUCCGACAUCGAAUUACAACUCCAUCGUUUACAAUUCUUGGAAAUUCUUCAAAAUGGUAGUCGAGAUGAAGCUCUGAAAUACGGAAGAACUCAUUUCGCCCCUUUCGCGACCCAACACUUUCACGAAAUCCAAAAGCUCAUGGCGUGUCUUCUAUGGGUCGGAAAGAUUGACUCGUCGCCGUACUCGGAUCUCGUUUCCCCAACUCACUGGGCGAAACUCGCCGACGAACUCGCUCAGCAGUUCUGUAAUCUGUUAGGUGAAUCGUAUGAAAGCCCUUUGAAAGUGACGGUGGCUGCCGGCGUUCAAGGGUUGCCGACUUUAUUAAAACUGAUGAAUGUGAUGACGGGGAAGAAGCAAGAAUGGCAGUCGAUGAAGCAGUUGCCGGUGCCGGUGGAUUUGGGUACGGAGUUUCAGUUUCACUCGAUAUUUGUAUGUCCGGUGAGCCGAGAGCAGGCCGGAGAAGAUAAUCCUCCGAUGAUGAUGUCAUGUGGGCACGUGCUUUGCAGACAGAGUAUUACGAAAUUAUCGAAGAACAACAGUACAAGGCCUUUUAAAUGUCCUUAUUGCCCUGCUGAGGUGGAAGUAGCUCAAUGUAAGCAGUUGUACUUUUAACGUGCAAUAAGACUUGUACCUGAUGCUUAUAUUAAGGUACUCUUUUCUCUUUUCCUUCCCUUGGAUUUGUGGUCUGUGUAAUGUGUUUAUAUGCUCUGAUGUUGGGGGAUGGUUAAGUUGUAAAAAAAAACUAUUGGUUUAGUAUUUAUGUGAAUUGUAAUGUAAAUAGAAAUCCCUUCUACUUCUA